ACUAGCUAGCCCUUUUCACCAUCCUUGCCAACCCUGAAUUUCCUUUCCUUCUCUCUCUCACUUCCAACCAUGUCGAUGCACUUCAAUUCUUCCCAGUCUAACCAAAUUGGUUUAGGCUUUCAAAACAAUUCCAUUGAUCAUGGCCAAAUGUUUUCACAACAAUCGAAUUUUGGCCUCAAUAACCGUGUGCAGCAAGGUGGUGGACUCUUUAGCUCUCAUCAGCUAAUGGGUGGUACCAAUAAUGCUAAUAACCCCUCCAUUGGGCUUCACCAAAACCGUGAGUUCACUUCCUAUGUGAACCAGCCGAGUGCUCCUGGUCUAGGCCAACUUGGUCUGGGUCAAAAUGAAACGGUUCCCCAUGUGAAUCGGCCUAGUACUAAUUGCAUAGGCCAACUGGGUCAUGGCCAACUUGGUCUGGGUCAACAUGAGAUGAUUUCUCAUGUGAAUCAGCCAAGUACUAAUGGUCUAGGCCAACUGGGUUUUGGCCAACUUGGUCUAUGUCCAACAGUGACUGAAGUGAGAAGAACCUAUGUGACACCACAAAGGGUACAAGUCCAUAGUGUUGUUGACUAUUUUCCAGUCCAAAACCAAGCUCCUUUUGUUCAUCAAUCUGAGAUGAGUAUCACUGAGUAUAGGACAACUCAACUUCUCACUGCAAACUCAACUAGGGAUCAUUUUUUCAGCCCUCCAAAUCCAAAUGAUCAAAUCCACAUCCAAGGUCAACAACCCAACAGCUUCCAAAGCCUGAAUUGUUUGCCUAUGUCCAAGCAGCAGCAGGUGAAUCAUCCAUUGAUCACUGAGAGGGACCCUCAGGGUAAUCAUUUUCGAAACCCUUUUCAAUACCAACACCCCAGUUAUUAUCAAAGUUAUAGUCAGAAAUUUAACCAAUACCAAAACCCUAGCUUCAAUAAUCCUAGCCUUAUGCAAAACCAACCAGUUUUUGGUAGCAAUGUGCAAAACCAAUUCUAUAUCCCUUGUUAUAAUUUUCAAAACCAACCAAGGAAAGCUACACUCCAGCUUAUUGAAGAAGAUGAACAUUCUGAUCAUAAGGGCAAAGUCAAAGAGGUUCUUGAUGCUGAACCACUGAAUUCAUAUGUGCCAAACACAAUGGAUCAAGAUCCUAAGGAAAACCAACCACCAAAUCAUACCAUUUCACAAAACCAGUCAGUUGAUACAACAAAUGCUGCUUCUGAUGAUUCCGAUGAUGGUGAUGAUAAUGAAACUGAAGAUGACGGCCGCAUUCAUAGCCUCCCUUGCAAGAAAUAUGGUCCAUACACAUGCCCAAAAUGCAAGUCUGUGUUCCAUACAUCACAACUAUUUGCAGCUCACGUGGGAACUCAUUACAAGGAUGAAAGUAGGGCUGAGAAGAGAAGAAGACAAAUAGCCAAAUACAGGAAGAAAAAUCUGCGUCUUGUCCAGGUAGGUGAUGCACUUACUGUAGUGCCUGUGUCCUUCGAUUUACCACCAAAGAAAAAUCGUCCCAAGCAAAAGAAUGUGCCUAAGAAAGCAAAAAAGGAUUCCGAGGAGGUUGAAGAUGAGGAUGCAAAAGUGGAUUCCGUGGAGGAUGAAGAGAAAGAUGCAACAAUGGCUUCUAAGGAGGUUGAAGAGAAAGACAAGGCUGAGAUGCAAGAACAAGCUGCACUUCCAGCAUUACCAGACAAGAAGGCCAUAAUUGCUGUUGUAAAGGAUGAGCCUUUGGAGCUGAUGGAUUAA